ACCAAGAAAUUAUACAUUGAAGCCUUAGGAAAACCCUAACGCAGCCGUGCACCAAACACAGGGCCAUUCUGCCCAGACAUGGGAUAGCAAAUGAAUAAACGAGCCAACUUUACAGAACUCGAAGACCAAUAGCUGGAAAUUAUUUCCAGAUAAUUCAGGGAAGGGUCAGGGUUUGCCUUAGCUUCUGGGGAGGAAGGAGCAAGGCAGUUUUGUUAAUACCUACCCUACCUAGGUACCAGGUAAAGCACUUAACCAAGCAUUGAUCCCCACAAGAGCUCAGUAAAGUAGGCACCACUGUCCCCGCUUUAAAGAUGAUCUCUGCCUCAGCAAAGUUCCCCAACUCAAAGGAUAAGGAGUCAAGACCCAAACUUAUGUCUCCCUACUCUAAAUUCUUGCUCUAGACUUUACUGACAGCAAAUGAGGUUUAUAAAAGGAAUUUUAAACAGGUAGCUGCUACCCUUGGCCAGGGGCAAGAGCACUUUGCUUAGCUUGAGUAGAAAGAUGUGCUUGAAAAGAAAAACACAUUUUCCCCCUUGAGUUCUACUCCUAAUGACUGAGUAGCUCUCCACUGCCUAGGUGUAGCUUGUUUUCCUGGGGGGAAAGUUUAAUAAAAAACCUCUUCGCAGGAGAGCAUUGGCCCCUGAGUCACUGUGGUCCAUAGUGACUGACUUUAAACUUUAUGUGGCAGUAAGUUUCCCUGUUUUCUAUCUCCAAGCCAGGAAGGAUGUUUUUCCUGCUCUCUAACUCAAUGUGCUAAUAUCGAAGAAGGCAAUUUUGUCUCGUUCAUUCACUGCCUUAGUAUUUAGAGAUGUCCAUCACUACAGCCACAGAGCUUUACAAGCCCCGAAGACACCAAUGCACUGCUUGGUUGUUGUCUGUUGUGUGUUGGGGGGUCAUCUUGAUAACAGCAGAUUAGCACACAUUCCACUGGUUUGCCCUUGUUAAGCUGUGAAAGUCACUUUUCUUCUGGAGUCUGUAAUUGUCAAACCCUCUCUUCUCAUCCACAAAUGCAUCUCUUCCAGAGGCUCCCACAAUCACAGCUAAUUUCUCUAGGUUUCAUAUGGCAGGCAUCUGAACAGAAUUAAAAGCAUAAGCACAUGCAAAAAUAAUCUGCUUCCCAAGAUAGUAAAUGCUGAGAAGUUCUAUAUUAGAACACACUGUGAGUGCUGACUGGCUAGGGCAUGAUUAACCUAAUAGGCUUAAAGCUCCGCUUGCCAUCCACAUCUGUCGAGACACAAGCAAAACACAGGCCCAUAAUCCAUGCGACUAGGUGCUUUGGAAUUGUCCCACUUCUCACUAACAGCACAAGGUUCAAAACUUAGAAGGACACAGAUGACAGGCACCAUUCCUUCCCCACAGUGGGGCCAAGAAGGUGAGGAAAGCUGGUUCCACAUCUAGCACCUUGCACCAUGGACUUCAAAGGACUUUGGCCUUGAAUUGCCUGGAUGGAUCAGUAAGGCUGCCUCUUGCUCCUAUUUCCAAGAUGAUUCUCUGAAAAUUGUGAAAGCUGCGGGUGGACCAGCUGAAAUCAUGGGCUGCACACCUUCACACAGCGACAUUGUAAACAGCGUUGCAAGGAGUGGCAUUCAAUUUUUGAAAAAGCCCAAAGCAAUUUUGCCAGGACACCAGAGGAACAGUAAAAGGGCUUCCGUCCCUUCGCUGGUUAAAAGUUCUACCCACUAUGACGCUGUGGGGAGCCCGCCUCAGGGACGAAGGCUGGCAGAGGAGCAGCUAAGUUCCAGCAGGACUCAAACCAUGGCUGAAGGUCUUCGUCAGCUCAAGGGAGAUAAGGAAGGACUGAUGGCAGAGACCCAAACCUCCCACAUGGCCGAGGACAUUCCAUUCAAUACACCAGGCUCCCACGGGACCCAAGAGGCAGCCUUUCCCAGGAAAGAGAGUGUGCAAAGUACUACCCAAGAGACCUCCAAAUCAGGCCACUGCUGCCAAACCUUCCUCCCUGCUCCGGGUUCAGCAGGCAAAGUGGACUUCCCCGAGCCUCUGGUAAAGGCUCACCAGCAUACUUACACCUACCUGCACUCCAGCCUCUCCAAGUAUGAAGCAAUCGUGUGCCUCAUCCAUCAGACCAUCCAGACCCGGGAGCUGCUGCAGCCCAUGCUCCACUUCCUGCUGCUGUGCUUUGAGGAGGUCAGCCAGCUCCUGGGGGAGAUCUCUAGAGAUGGAGAAGCGCUCCUCCAGGAGGUUAGGGACAAUCUGAUUUGGCCAUUGAGGAAAGGAGAGCCCCAGGCGCAGCCAGACCUCCUGCAACAGCUCCUUCAGUACACUGUCAGCAAGCUACAGAUGCUCCAUGGCACGGUGGCCCCCCUCACUGGCAACUCCCUGGAGGGCUCCAGUGGCUACCUCUACUCCACCGCAAGCCACUUGGAAAAUAAGCUGAGCACGAAGAGGGGUGUGGAGGAACGUCUCCUAAGGACACUGGUGCAGCUAGAGAGCUUCACGAGUGGCCAUGCUGACUCUGGGCUGCACGAUCUACCCUUGUGCUCCGAGGACAGUGGCAUCGGUGCUGACAACGAGUCCGUGCAGUCCAUAGACAAGCUGGGGAAGCAAGCCAGCUGGGACUUGGCACCAGAGCCUGUAGAAUGGAACCUGAGGACUUCACCUCAAAUGGAGACCAGUCUGUCAGGACAGGCCUGGCAGCAAAGUCCAUUCCAGAUGGGUCCCGACAGAGCCCAGGACUGCCCACUGUCAAGGCCUCCCAUGACAAAGGUUCAGCCAGCAACACAGGGUGAAGCAAGGAGGCCAUGCCCCUCCAGCACAGGCCCAGAAACAAUUACCUCCAGGCCUGUGGCGGUGGGCAAGAGCAUGCCUUGCGAUUCUCUGGGGAUUGCCGCCCCCACGAAAGCACAUCUUCCUGAAAGCUCCAGGCUGAUGGCUAUGCUAUCCCUCAGUGAAGGUGAGGACAGCAGCCCGGAGGAGGAGGACAAUGAAGUUAGCAGCAUGAGUCUGUGCACAGGGCAGGAAAGAGCCCCACAUUCAAGGCCACAGUCUUCACCCGCUGACAGGGAAAGCCUCUUUCAGCCACGCUCCAGGAAGCUUAGGAGCCCCCAGGCCCGGGAGAUGAUUCUGAAGAUGAAAGAAGCCAUCAGUGAAAGGAUCAAGUUUGUCCCCAUCCCCUCUGGACAUCAAGACUGGGCUGAGGAAGAGGAGGGAAGGACAAUGGUCCCACCAAGACCUAGCACGGUCAGCGGCAGCAGGAGGGCCCCCGAGAGGCAGAGAAGGUCCCAGUCAGAGGGGUGUCUUAAAGAACACCAGGAAGACCCUACUCUCCAGGAGCUGCAGAGGGUCCAGGGAGAUCUCAGCCAGAGGCUGGAGAUGUUUUAUGCCUUGGAUGCUAAACGGCAGGGGCAGAAGAAGGAGCAGAUUCUACAACCCAGGCCAGCAGCUCUGAGGCUUACCAGCAACUACAGGGUGAGCCCCAGCAACACCGUCAGCAAGCUCAAGGCGUCCCUCACCAAGGACUUCAGCAUCUUGCCUAAUCAGGACAAGAACAUUUGGCAGAGAUGCGGUCCCCACCCUGAAGGUGAACAGCCCUGGCGGGGAAACACUGAGAAGCUGCCAAACAGCACCCCGUCAGGUGAGAAGGACAGCGAGGCUGCCAGGGCCAAGGACUGGAUGGUCAGGGGAUGCCCCACCAGAACAUCAGUCAAAAAACUUAUUGAAACUUUCAGUCCCGCCGAGAGUACAAGGACACCAGGGGACACUAAGAACUCAGGGUCAAGCCCCUGUCUCAGGAGGUGGGGGGUACCCAUCAUGCCUCCCAGAUUUCCCAUUUACAGGGGGCUUGCUCCUUUGUAUCCCAAGCCCCAAAUUUCUCCAGCAGUGGGCAGCAGCUAUCUCAGAGCUGACAUACCCUGGAGGCCCUUGGCGCCGGUCUUUCCUCCUUUGCCUGCGGCAGAAGCAUCUAACAGUGAGGGGACACACUGUGAAACAGAGGAGGACUCAGAGCACCUCCCUCCACCGCCUCUGGAAAUCCUGAUGGACAGAUCAUUUGCCUCUCUGGAGCCUCCAGAAGGCAGCAAACCAGCAGAAAGCUCCCCCGAAGGGACCCCGGCACCAGGACUGGGAGGAUCUGGUCCUGCCAGAGGAACAUGGGCUUCCUCAAAGCUGAGAGCCUCCAUGAGUCCCAUCAACUUGCUGCCCAACAAGGGCACUGCCAGCCCCAGCAAGCUGUGCAGCACAGGGCUGGGGAGCACCAAGAGCAGCAGCAAUCCCAGAAAGCUUGCCUUGGAUUCUAGCCUCCCACCAGCAGCCAGCCCUGACUCAGAGCGGGAGGGCAGGGCCCAGAGUCAGGCACAAGCAGCGAAGGCCACAAGCGCCUCCAAGCAUCCCUGGAAGGCAGUUGCCUGGCACCACACCAGCCUUACAUCUGGGCAAAGCAGGACCUCAGAACUUAGCCUGGCCAGACCCACUAGAAGAACUCAUUCUACACAGGCCUCCAGGCUGAGCCGAGAGAGAAGUCCCCCGGUGGUCAGAAAAGCCUCUCCCACAAAGGCACACCGGGUGCCCCAAGCAGACAAGAGACUGCAUGGCCUUCCCUCCUCCCAUGGACUCGCCCAGUCAAGUCUCCCCACUGUGAUCAGCUCCCCCAGCCCACCACUCAGCCCUGGGGCUCCCAGCCCACCAGUGAGCCCCAAGGUGCUAAGUCCACCACCAGCAAAGAAAGGACCUUCACCGCCCCAACACAGGUCUCCCAGCCUGCCUCCAGGGAGCCCUCCUGCACAGAGCACAGAAGCAAGCUCCCUUUCCUCUGUCCCCUCCCUGUCCCCCCCAGCAUCCAUAUCUUGGGGGCAGAGGGAGACAGGAGACUCUGAAGACGGUCAAGUCCCCUCAGCCAAGGUAUCUGCCAUAUUCUGCCCAGCCACAUCAUCUCUGUUUGAAGCCAAAUCAACAGCUCGCCCACUGACCCCACAGUCACUGCCACCAGAGCCUGGGGCCCCUCUAGGGACCCAAGCAGUAUGCAGUUCAGGACCACGAAUGGGAGCAGAUUCGCAGAGGAGAACGGCUCUGUGUUCCCUCAACCCCCUGCCUUUCGUCAGAAGGACAGCACCCCGCCACCAGCUGGGUAUCCAGCUUCAGCUGCCCAGUUCCAACCUCGCUGGCACCUCUUCGGAAUCCCAGCUCAGCCAAAGCAGCAGCAGCAAGGACAGCCCCAAGCAGGAUAUGGCACCUUGGAGCAGCUCCUGUGCCCCAGAACUGCAGAGCAGUGGCGGCAGACAGGCAUCUCCCCCAGAGCUCUAUGUACUUGGCCAUGGGCUGCAGCCGGAGGCCCGCACCAGCCGUACCCAGAAUAAAUGUCAGCUUGAGGAACAGCCCCAGAACAAGGAGGUGAUUCCAGUCACCCCAGCAGGCCCAAGGUGACAGCCAAGAACCUAUACUGCCCCUGGAUGGUAGGCAAACCGACUCCCACAGGGGCAUCCUGGAGUGGCCUUGAAAAUGUACCACUGUUCAGUGGGUCUGCUAAACUUUAAUCAGUGGCAGUUCUCAGUUCCAAAUCCUGCUUUGCCUUUGUGCUCAAAGGUUAACCAAAAUGUUGGACCCCAAGGUGACACUUUUCAAUCCUUCAAGGGCUAGCCUUAAUUUAGGAAAGGAAUACAGCCCAUGCUCAAAGGGCUAGGUAGUUUACAUGCUAAUCAUGGAAUCAUUUAAUCCUCACAACAAUGAGUGAAAUAAAUAGCAUCCUCCUGUUUUGCGAAUAAGAAAGCCAAAGGUGUUGGGGGAGCCCUCCUCAAGUAUCUUGUCAGAGUCCUACAGGUAAGAAGAGAACAGAGAAAAGCUUGGCACAGACGUGACUGGCCCUUGGAUCUCUGCUGUUUUCAUUACAUUUCGUUUGCCUCAUAUUCCAUCACCCGCCCUGCCUACCACGCACACAAUUCUACAAACGGUGGGAAAGCUUUGUUUUUAGAAGGCUGAGCGAUGGCAGAUCGCUGAAGUUCCCAGAAGAGCUUUGUUUAUGAAGCUAAGUGCUCCUGACACGAGGUGGCUGUGGUGGAUGAGAACACACAGUCCCACCCACUCUCCACUCCUGCUUCCUGAGCUCAGCCCCAGUGCCAUCAAUUCAGAGCUUUCAGCUCCCAGCAACAGCCAUGCUGCCCUUGGCCUCGGCUCGUAUCAAAUGCUCUCGCCGCCCAACACACCCACACGCCCAAGCCUGCCAAACAAGGCUCCUAUUCUCUGCACCAGGUGGGCACCAGAGCUUGUGAGACUAAGUGGGUGAGACUCACACACUCGCGUGUCUGUCUCCUCCUGAGGCUUCUUGGCCAAGUUUAUUCCCAGGUCAUCUGCAAAACUUCUACUGGAGAUCAAAUGAAAGCAAAGAAUGGUGGCUCAUGCCAGAAAACUGCUUCUGCCAAUGAGCCUGAUAUUUGCUGCAGAUCUUGGAAUUUUUCCAUCAGAGGCUGUGGAGCACUUUCUAUUUAGAAAAGAAUUUUCAAUAAUUGGGUGAUUCAAUGCCAGCUCAGUGGGUUGUCAAAGACAAGAAUUCUCACCCACGAGUACAGCUAAGAGGCAGUCCUCCAGAUCUGCUGCAAAGCUGAUUUUUUAAAUUUGGGGAAAUUAUAGACCUCAAAUCCUUUCUUGUUGAAAUAGAUCAUGGGCUCAAGAACAUGUUAACCUGGGUCCUAGGGACUCCAGCUAGCUUCCCCCAGGGACAGGCAAUGAAUAAAUGCAUCUCAUUUGA